CGCCUGAUUCGCCCAAUCGCUCGCCCUCGCCCCACGCCGCCUCUCGCCCUCGCCCCCCGCCGCCUCUCGCCCUCGCGGCCACGCCGCCACCGCCCUCGCCGUCGCCCACGACGCUGCAGGCUUCCCGCCCUCUAACCGUAGUGGUCGGUGGAAAAGAUCUUCUGCCUCGGGGGUCGCGGCUACCGGUGAGACGAUACGAUGGCGUGCAGAGCCCUUGCGCCCCAGCUGUUCGCCUCCUCCCCUCAUCCGAUCCCUCCCGCGCGCCCCGUCGUCGCGGUUCCUCCGUCCUAUGCUGCGCUGCAGGCGACCAGGACUGGCAAAGGGAAGUUUUCAUUGGCAGCCAUCACUCUAGAUGAUUAUCUUCCAAUGCGAAGUUCUGAAGUGAAAAAUCGGACAUCAACAGGUGACAUCACAAGUCUCAGAUUAAUUACAGCGGUCAAAACCCCCUAUUUGCCAGAUGGAAGAUUCGAUCUUGAAGCAUAUGAUUCUUUGAUAAAUAUGCAGAUAGAGGGUGGUGCUGAAGGUGUAAUAGUUGGGGGGACAACUGGAGAGGGUCACCUUAUGAGUUGGGAUGAACAUAUCAUGCUCAUUGGGCAUACCGUUAACUGCUUUGGCACUAGGAUUAAAGUGAUAGGCAACACGGGAAGUAACUCAACCAGAGAGGCUGUUCACGCGACAGAGCAGGGAUUUGCUGUCGGCAUGCAUGCAGCUCUCCACAUCAAUCCUUACUAUGGGAAGACUUCAACUGAAGGAUUGAUCUCUCAUUUCGAGGCUGUCCUCCCGAUGGGCCCAACCAUCAUUUACAACGUGCCAUCCAGGAGUGGCCAGGAUAUCCCCCCUGAAGUUGUUGAGGCAGUUUCAGGCUCUUCAAACAUGGCAGGUGUGAAAGAAUGUGUUGGACAUGAGAGGGUUAAGUGCUACACUGACAAAGGUAUAACAAUAUGGAGCGGUAAUGACGAUGAAUGCCAUGAUUCCAGGUGGAAAUAUGGUGCUACUGGAGUUAUUUCGGUAGCUAGCAACCUUGUUCCUGGUCUCAUGCACAGUCUCAUGUACAGAGGAGAGAAUGCGAUGCUGAACGAGAAGCUACUGCCUCUGAUGAAAUGGUUGUUUUGCCAGCCGAAUCCAAUUGCUCUCAACACCGCUCUGGCUCAGCUUGGGGUGGCAAGGCCCGUUUUCAGAUUACCGUAUGUUCCUCUUCCUAUUGAAAAGAGGAUUGAGUUUGUUCGGAUUGUCGAGGCUAUCGGACGGGAAAACUUUGUGGGACAGAAAGAGGCGCGAGUUCUGGAUGAUGAUGAUUUCGUGUUGAUCAGUAGGUACUAGUGUGAGUCUCGUCAGUCCCAUGUAUCCUGACGAAUAAAAGUGGUGUCGUAGUAAGAGAAUCUGCACUUAGUCAUUUGAGACAUUUGUUCAUCAGUCGUUGGUUUUAUCUGUUUAAUUAAUGGGGUACCGUUGUAUCAUGACAAAUCUUACACUGUUGGCUCCUUGGCAUAUAUCAGGCUCUUGUACUAGCACUA